UGUCAUGCUAUAUGAAAUACUAACAAUUUAGUUAGACACUAUUAACAAAUGUCCAAAUGUUACAAUCAUUUCCUUAAUAAAAUAACCCAAAGCAGCUGUUUCUGUAAAAUCUGAAAUAAAAUUUGUGCAAAAGUAUUAUUCUUUUUGUUUGAUUGUUGUCUUUGCAGGUUGUUGCCCAGAUGCCAUCGAGGCGGUUGCUCGUGACACAUUUGCACCCUGAUGAGAUUCCUGUUUCAUUUAAGACAAAUAAAACAAAGAUGUUGGUGGUGUUUCGAAACCCCAAAGACACUGUCGUCUCUUAUUACCAUUUCAUGAACAAACACCCUGUACUUCCAAAAGUCGAAUCCUGGGACAAAUUCCUCUUUGAUUUUAUGUCUGGUGAAGUGGCCUAUGGUUCAUAUUUUGACCACGCCCUGGCCUGGGAGAAACACAAUGGAGACCCUAAUGUGAUGUUUGUGACCUAUGAGGAACUAAAGGAGAUGGAUGAGGUCCUGUACUGGGUCAUGGCUCAGAGUACGCAGAUGGAUGAAGAGUUCAAGAAGAAACUAUCAGGAACCAGACUGGGAGCCAAGCUUAAAUACGAGCAGUACUGUCAGUAGUCUGGAAAAUUAAACACUGUCAAAUGAGAGUUUAUUUUUAAAAGGUACGUUAAACAAGUUGUAUUGAAACGCAGUCAUUAACAUUAUUAUUUGCUUUACUACCCAAUA